AUGCGGCCGCCGCGAACCCCUGCCCGCCGCGACGCCGCGGCGUCGCCGCAGACGCCCAAGGGGUUCAACCCGGGCGACACGGUGGAGGUGGUCCCCGACGAGGCCGGCCUGCGCGGGGCGCAUUUCGCGGCCGUCGUCGUGGGGCCCAGCGCCAAGCCCCGCGGCGGCUACACCGUCGAGUACGACUCCCUCCUCGAGUCCGAGGACUCCGACCGCCGGCUCCGGGAGGCACUGCCGGCGCGGAGCCUCCGCCCUCGCCCCCCGCCGCCUGCGACCCGCGCCCGCCUCGGGGUCGGGGGCCCCGCCCGCGGAGCACGCCGCCGUCGACGCGCUCAUCGACGACGCCUGGAGAUACCCAAGACAAUGCCAUAUGCAAAAGGAAUGCAAAUCGAAGUUUCCAAGUUGGAAGAUAAUUCUGUUGUUGCUUGGUCACCUGCAGUUGUCGCAAAGACUAUCUGGAAGAACAACCUAUUAGUCGACUACACUGUUUCAAAGUGUUAUGGUACUGCAUUGUCUGAGGAGAUUGUUGAUGUGAAGCACGUGAGGCCUUGCCCACCACAAGCAUCAGAGAUUAGUUUCUGCAUCAAUGAUGAGGUUGAAGCAUUCCAAGGUGAUUACUGGUGGGUAGGGGUGAUUACUAAUGUUCAUCCAGAAUUCAAGUACACAUUUAAGUCGGCGCAUUUAGGGACAGAAGUUGAGGUGAACCAGAAAUCUCUGAGGCUUCGAUAUGACUGGGUUGAUGAUCAAUGGGAACAAGUAUCAAAGAAUGUGGCCAAGUUAAAAUUUACACAAGGUGUCAAGGUUGAAGUCUGCAGCGAUGAUGAAGGUUUUCGUGGAGCCUGGUUCGAGGCGACUGUCGUUAAACCUGUCAACAGCAAGUUCCUCGUGGAAUAUGCUACACUGAAGGACGAUGACAAUACCAAACCUUUGAAGGAAACUGUAGAAGCGCGACACAUCAGACCUUGCCCUCCAGAUAUCCCUGUCACUGAUGGAUUCAAGCUACUUGAUGAGGUCGAUGCCUUCUGCAACGAUGGGUGGUGGGUUGGUGUGGUAUCCAAGGUCCUUGGCGAGAAUAGGUGCAUGGUCUACUUCAGGCCUUGGAAGGAAGAGAUGGAAUUUGAGCAUGCGCAGCUGAGGUUGCACUGUGACUGGAUGGGUGGAAGGUGGAUGCGGGCUUCCCCGGCUCUGGAGAUGUGA